GUCACGUGUCCAUCCAUCCUCUGUUGAGAUUUUAGAAGUGAAGUCCGCGGCCAUGAGCGAGGCGACCGCCGGCCACUCCUCCGCGGCGGCGGCGGAGUCUGCACCGGACGACGUCAUCGCGGAGAUACUCCUCCGCCUCCCGCCCCACCCUUCCUUCCUCUCCCGCGCCUCCCUCGUCUGCAACCGCUGGCGCCGCCUGGCCCGCGACCCGGGCUUCCUCCGCCGCUUGCGCGCAUUCCAUCGAACACCCCCCGUGCUCGGCUUCUUCCACAACUCCCCGGACCUCCCCCGCUUCGUCCCCGCCGAGGGCGUCCCCGGCCGCGUCGCCGCCGAGGCCGCCUCCCUCAGGAGGGACGGGGAUGACGGCAUGUGGUGGUGCGUCGACUGCCGCCACGGCCGCGCCCUCCUCCGCAGCCGCGACUGGGCCGAGUUGCUCGUCUGGGACCCCAUGACCGGGGAGCGCCGCUGCAUCACCGUCUCCAGCCAGAUCCAGGAGGGGGCCCUCGACCUCAACGCCGCCGUGUUCUGCGCUGCCUCCGGCGGCGGUGACCAAGACUGCCACUCUAGUCCCUUCCAUGUCGUCGUCGUGUUCACCACCGGCCAAUGCCAUGGCCGCGUGUUCGCCUGCGUGUACUCUUCGGGGAUCGACGCGUGGGGGGACCCGAUCUCGACGCCGGUGACAUCACCAUGUGAGCUCUAUGAGGAGCCCCCUGUUCUUGUUGGGGAAGCUCUGUAUUGGCUUCUUGAUGGGAGCCGUAUACUUGAGUUCGAAUUCGGCAACCAAUGUUUAUGUUUAGCUCUGAUUGAUCAUCCUGUGGAGAAUCAUGCCAUCCUCAAGCGGAACAUCCGUCUUGUGAGGAUGGAAGACGAUGAUGUGCUUGGCCUUGCUUUCGUCAAGGAUUUCAGCCUGCACUUGUGGGCGCGGGAGGUUGCCGAUGAUGGUGCGUCGCAAUGGAUUCCGCGCAGAGCCAUUGAGCUGGACAUGAUCCUGCCGCUGGAGGGCUAUCGGUGCCGUGCGAUGCCUAUUUGGAUAUGUGGAUUUGCUGAAGAUGGAGAUGUGGUGUUUAUACGGACUGUUGCUGGAGUUUUCCUGGUUUGGCUUGAUACAUUGAAAUUCAAGAAGGUGUCUGGCUCCUUACUCAUGAAGACUGUUUACUCCUAUGCUAGCUUUUAUGUUCCAAAUGCUAAUGUCACAGGAUAAUGACGGAAAUUUCCACAGAAGCCCAUGACAUCCCAUGUGUUGAUAGAAGCAAGGAACUACUGACAUUUUCAAGCAGAUGAUGGUGCAAAUCAUGGAAUCGGAUGGCUUUAGAAUCUCUUGGCUGCAGUGGUGUUGAAGGAUCAGUUAUGCAUCUGCGCUGCUUUCUCCUGAUUGCAGAGGGUGUUGAAGGAUCACUCCAUGUUUCAAUGAAAAGGUUAAAGUGGCAUUUUGUUGUCGUUGGAGAUAACAGCUACUAAUACUCCAACGCAUAUCAGAUUACUCCAUAAUUCAAUAAAAAGGCGAAAUUGACAUUUUCUCGCCUUUGGAGAUUACAGUUAAUACUUCAUGUGGUACAUUUUAUUUUGUGCGUGCGAUAUGAUAUUGUUGUAUUCCUAUCUCUGGUUACUCUGUUUGAUUGUCUGUGAUGACCCACCAGCUGCUCUAGUUCUUUUUUUUUUCUCUCAUAGGCAAUUCAUCUUUCAAAUGGAACAUUGAUCAUUUGCUCCAUAGCUGAUUGAGCAUAUACAUUUUGCCCAAAAGUUGUGUUCACUUGAUCUUAUGUAAAAAACUUUGGGCCAAAAUCAAGUGCAAACAACUUUGGAUCA